GAUGAGUCGGCAUUCAUAGUGAAUACGAGUGACUCGGAUGUGGAGUCGACUCGGAAGAAGGCGCCGAAGAAGAGGAUACGAAAUGUGGGCUCAAAGUCGAGUUCCAGUGAAGACAAGUCCGACUCCGGCGAUGAUCACUCGUCUGACGAGGACUCGGAUGUGUUUGACAAGUACUCGAGUACUCGGUCUCAGAGGCAGAAGGAGAAUGAGAUGAAGAAACGCGAGAAGAACGAGAAGCUGAAGAAGCGAAUGGACGAUAAGAAGAAGAGGAAACGCAUGGAAUACAACUCGCCCUCUGAUUCGUCACAAGACAACGAUUCCGGCGAAGAGAAGCGUCUGAAUUGGAGGAAUUGGAAGUCAAAGUCAAAUCCGCCCAAAAAGAGGGUCCGACGGAUAGUAUCGGACGACUCGGACGAUAAUGAAGUGAACGGCAAUCGCGACCACAAGUCUCUCGAUGAGUCGCACCCGGAGGUGACCACUACUGGUGCCGUCCAUCUCGUGGAAAGCGAUGACGACAUUGAGUACUUGGGGUCUGUGCCCGCGAGGGAUUUAAGUUCAUCGGACACCGAAAGUGAUGCAACCGUUGAUCCCAACCCUAUAGAGACAUCCGAUGAGUUGGUGCCAGAAGUGGCGCCAAUAGACCACCGGAACAAUGAGGCGGUGGCCAACCCCACCACUCCUCCCACGCCCGUUGAUGUGGGCACUCCUCAAGAGAGACAGUCACCCGACUCGCAGAAUAUGAUUCCUAAUGAUAUGAUGUUAGACGCGAUGAGUGAAUCGAGUCUAGAAAACCUGUUGUUUGACUUACAGCAAAGGAGUGAUGAUAUUAGCGUUAUUAGUGAUACCCCUCAACCGGCAAUCUCACAGCCAGUGGCCAGUCAGGCGACCGGUGCUUUCAAACCACAACCGGACCCCUUAAAAGUCUUGACACCCGCUGAGGGAAAACCAACAGCGACUGUGGCACCAGUGCAGCCAAAGCCUGUCAUACCUGCGCCCCCUCCGCCCCCGCCACCCCCUCCUCAGCCACAACUGCCUCAGUAUUGUGUCAGUGAAAAGAGAAUCAAAUGUCCGGACAAAAUGCCAUUCAGACAAUACAUGGUUAAGAAUGGUGUGCAACACACCAUCGAAGCGCCCCCUAAACUACCUCCGGAGGUGUUCAUCAAAGUCAUUCAUUCAAGUGUUACACUAAACAAAGUGAGAAGACUGUUAAACAGUGACAGCGAUGACAUCGAGACACUAGAAGAGACACUUAAAGUACCCCUCAAUUGUCCGUUAUCUUAUCAGAAAUUGUUAGUUCCGGGCCGUUCGGUCAACUGUCCACAUAUUGACUGUUUCGAUGUCAAUAACUUCUUGGAAAUCAACUUCAACCGCAAGAUUGAUGACUGGAAGUGUCCGAAAUGCAAACAACCGGCCAAACUCGAGCACCUCAUCAUUGAUGGUCUCAUCGAUCAUAUCCUGAAUAUGACGCGAGCGUUGAAUAUGUCAGACGUGGAUUCGGUUACGUUUGACAACAAAGCCAUUUGGAGACCUGAUGUCAAACGACCGGAUAAUUUGGUCAAUAAGAGUAACGAAAAAGACGUCAUAAGUCUCGACGCGACUCUAGAGUCACAAGAGAUCAUAGAUCUGGAGGACGACGACGACGAGGAGGUACCGGAUCCCAUCGCGAAGACGAACCAACUCUUGAAUUCAAUCGCAUUGAAGACCAUCGCGUCGGCGAAGGAUAUCCAGAAGAAUAUCUCGAAAUUUAUUCAAACAAAUAAACAGAAUUCGAGCGCAACUUCUGGAGGUAAUGCCGAUAGAGAGUUGUCUGUAAAUACAAUUCUUAACUUCUUAACAACUCCAGCGCCCAAAACGUCAGCACCGGUACCCCCACGACCGGCGGCCGCCUCACGACCCCCGCCCGCGCACGCAACGGGACGGGCAGUACCCGCCACAACAGCCGGCGCUCAACAAGUGUCGCGCAUUCAUAUCGUGAUACCUAAUAAUAAGGAUCAAAGGCCGGCCGCCACCGCUAACUCUCGGCCACAAAACACAGUCAGGAUAUCGUCGAACCAAAAUCCAACUCCCAUUGCGUUUAAUCGGAAUUCAGGUGCUGUUAGACAGUCCCCACCCAACGCGUUGACUAACGGUAACCAACAACAGGGUGAACUCCAAUUCAAAUUCAACAAAGACAAUGUGGUCAGUGAGAUCUACUGUAAACUCUGUCAUUUUACAAUCAAUGUGUCGAACGUGAGUGAUAUCCCCAAUCUGAUGACCUACCACCUCAAGAGUGGGCAACAUAUGGCCGCUCAAAGCGGUUCUUCCCGUACGGCCGCCAAUAAUAGCAACGGUUUAGUGAAUGGCGUCCACCGACCCAAUGCCCCCUCAGCCGCCUAUACACAGCACUUCCACUUUGGUUCAGCGACUUAUCAAAAUCAAUAUCGGCCCCCAAAUCAGACACAUUACCCUCUCAACACUAAUCAAUCGUAUAGUGCUGUCAAUUAUGUCUAUCACCCAAACGUAUAUCAGCAACAAAUGAAUACCAUGUCAUCGGUGCCACAACCGGUACCCCCACCACAGACACAUUCCGCGCCCGUAUUCCAGACAUCAGUUCCACAGCAUUGGAAUACAGGACAACACAAUCAGACAAAUGUUUACUAUCCUAACAAUUAUUAAUUAUUGAAAUGUUUCAAGUCUUAAAGCAUUUCCAAGUGAUAGAGACUAUGUUUUUUGAGUGAACGCUCAUCUCAGUCACCAUUGAAUAGGUUAUUGUUGUUGUGAACACAUUUUGUGUCUAACUGUAAAUAAAAGUGCCUCUAAUUAUAUUUUUAGC